CAGACUUAUGUCUAGACCCGGGUUCGGGUUGAACCCGGAUUUUUCCGGUGGAUCAAUGAGUGCUUGAUGUGGCGACAGGUGUGUGUUCCCAUGACGUGGAGGAAUUCGAGGACGCAGACAUGAUAAGAUGCCGGGAGGAAAGAAUGUUCCGCGGGAGAUCGGAGGAUCUACGGAAUCUUCUCCAGGAGAUGCAAACGGAUAUUCGAGCUCGAAUUGGCGGCUAACAUGUCGGAGAUUUUGGGGAACGACCCACAAGUUUAUCUCUUCUUAUCCUCAAUCUGCUGUAAAGAUUUUCUGUUCGAGAAGAGAUUACUUCGAUUAAGAACCUAAGAAGAACAGGGAAAGCAACGUUGGCCCCCCUAAAAGAAAAUUUCUGGUUACUGCUCCUGUACGUGUCUUACGUGAUAAAUUUUCAACAGGCUGAGGUAACUGAGAAGGCAUGUCCAUACUUCAGGAAGCAGGCAACAAUUUUUUCUUCUCACAGUUCUUCCCACAGAAAUAUGUAAGCGGCAAUGCGGAAUCUAAGGCACUCAAAUUGUCCAUUAUUUGAGGUGGUUGAUCCCAUCAAGAGAACAGAAAGGUCAAACCUAAUGUUGUGGACCUGUCAAGAGUUUACUCUUGCUGGGGCAAUUGUUAUGUUCACAUUUCUUUUGGUUUAUUCCAUUCUCCAGUGAAGUAAAUCUCAUUUCAAGUAAUAACUUGUUACCGUGGAAUGUCAAAUUACUCAGCAAUGGAAAUAACACUGGAUAUAAAUGCAAAUUUACUCAAUAAUGUCACAAUUCUUCU